GCGGGCUCGGGCCACUGUCAGAGCGGCCUCCGGGAGGCUGCGGGAUCCCGGGGGUGCCUUUGCGGGGGCCGGUGCCGACCGGACCUCCUUAUUCUCGGCGGCUCUCUUGCCGCGAUUGGAGAGAAGAAGACUGCCGGAUUCUGACGGCUCGUGCCUGGCUGUGUGAGGCUCGAUCUCGCCGACUUUGGAAACAGGAGGAGGCUAGACGUGGCAAUACAUUCCCAGAUCCCUGCAGGAGAGCCAUGGCUUAUGAUGAUUCCAAGGAAAAAAAAGAUGAUGUGGGACUAGCAGCUGGCAGAACCCAAUAAGGAAAGAAACGUUCUUAUAAGGAUCUGCUUCUGGAAAAGAAGGAGACAGCUGCUCAAGAAGAAUACAGAAAAUAGGCUGAAGACUUUUGUCCUUUUGAACUUUCCUUGCCUUUGGAGUCAUCAUCAGCGAAUAGAAAAAAGUAAUUUUUUUCACUCUCUGCUAACACUGCCAUGGAUUUGCUUAAAGCCAUCAACACUCCUUUAACUACCGGCUCCAAAUCAUCUAAAAGGACUUUGGAAAAACCAUCUCAUUCUUCAUUCAGUGCUGCCAAUUAUUCAGAGGGUAAGAAGGAACAUCACAAGAAGAAGCUGAGUGGAAGCAGCGAUCCACCCUUGGAUGAUAGUACUUUCCACAAGUCCAAAAAAAUAAAGCCACCAUAUGUAAACACUGAAAUGCUGACCUUACGUGAGCCUGAUGGCUUAAAAAUGAAGUUAAUCCUCUCACCAAAAGAGAAAGGGGGUACUGUAACAGAAGAUCCCUUUCCGCAUUCUGGAGCUACAAAAAAGACCUCUAAGAAGUCUAGUCGGGAUGAACAAAGCUCGCAGCCCUCAAGCCAUGAUACACACAGCUUCUUGAAAUCCCGCAAGAAGCACAAGCCACCUACAGAUCCCCAUCCCCUUUCUCCUGCUGAGGGCUUCAGCCCAGACACAUCCCUCUUCCCUGAAGGCCAAAGCAGUGAUUUUGAGCUUUCAAACUUGGAACCACAAAUGGAAUCUGAAUCUUCAUCUGGAGGUGAGUUGGAAGCUGGAGAACUAAUCAUUGACGAUUCAUAUCGGGAGAUAAAAAAGAAAAAGAAAUCAAAGAAGAGUAAAAAGAAGAAAGACAAGGAGAAACACAAGGAGAAAAAACACUCUAAAUUGAAGAAGAGUUCUGGACUCUCUUCAUCACCAGCAGCAGUGGAAAUAACACCACAACUGCCUGUUUCUCCAAAUAGUAUCCAGUUUGCUCUACCUGCCCCUCCUCCUUCUUCCUCACCACUACCACCUGUUUUCUGUACAGAUAGCCUGAAUGAGAAAAAGAAGAAGAAAGAAGAAAAAGAGAAGAUUGAGAAAAUAGAAAAAGAAAAGCCAAAGAAGAAAAAUAUGUCUGCCUACCAAGUAUUCUGUAAAGAAUAUCGUGUGAACAUUGUGGCUGAGCAUCCAGGAAUAGAUUUUGGUGAGCUGAGCAAAAAGCUAGCAGAGGUUUGGAAACAGCUUCCAGAGAAAGAUAAGCUGGUUUGGAAGCAGAAGGCUCAGUAUUUGCAACAUAAGCAGAAUAAAGCAGAAGCGACAACAGUGAAGAGAAAAGCAAUGUCAUCAGAAGGUUCCCCAAAAUUGAAAGCUUCUCUAACAAGCGUGCCUUCACCCCAUAAAAAGUCCCCAACUAGCACGAUGGUAUUAUCCUCUUCACCAGUAAAGGUUCCUGAGACAGAUCCCAUUGAUGUAGCUGCACAUCUGCAAUUACUGGGAGAAUCUCUGAGUCUUAUUGGCCACAGGCUGCAGGAGACUGAAGGAAUGGUAGCCGUAUCAGGAAGUUUAUCAGUUCUCCUGGAUUCAAUUAUUUGUGCUCUGGGCCCUUUGACUUGUCUCACGUCCCAGUUACCGGAGCUAAAUGGCUGCCCCAAACAUGUUUUGUCAAACACAUUAGAUAAUAUUGCCUACAUAAUGCCCGGUCUUUGACAAAAAAAGCAAGUGUGGAAAAUAAACUACUGCCAUGCUACUGGUGUGUAUACAUAUAUAUUGGGUUCUUCAAGUCUCAACCUACAGAAUUUUAAAGUUUUUUGUCAAUAACUGUUUAACUUGCUUUUAUGAAAAAAGUCCAGAACUUGAAUUUGCAAGAAUUGAAGAAUGUUUUCUUAAGUCUGUGUGUUUCUACAUAACUAGAGUUUAGUAUUUUUUUAUAUAUCGGCCUUAAUAUAAAAGGAAAAAGAUAUAUUGAAUUAUUUUAAUUAGAAAUGUCAAGCAAGUUUUGGACAAACACAUGCCAUGGACCCAAUACCACUAAUAUUUUAGAUAUAAAACAGAGCCCUUAUGGUGCAGUGGUUAAACUGCAGUGUUGCAAGCAAACUCUGCCCGCGGCCUGGAGUUUGAUCCUGACAGGGCUCAAGGUUGACUCAUCUUUCCAUCCUCCCAAAGACAAUAAAAUGAAGACCUAGAUUGUUGGGGCAAUAUGCAAAUAAUGCUUCAACAUUGUAAACCAUCCAGAGAGUGGUGUAAAGAGCUAUGGAGUGGUAUAUAAGCCUAAAUAUUAUUACUAUUGCUAUAAAAUAUUACCGGUACUUCUCUAAAUGGAGACAAUGGAAUGGAGAAAAAAUAAUGGACAUGUUCAAAUUAAUGAUGGAGGGAAAUUGUCGUAUCCUUAAAGAACUGUUCGGACAUUAGGAAUUCUUUAUUAAAUGUUGCAUUAAUUGUCAGGGCUACAUACAAAUUUGGGAGUGAAUGAAAUCAAAUCAUUAAAAUGGUUACUUCUUUAAUGUGACUGCUUAAAGCAGCUAUAUUUUUCUACACACACACACACACACACACACACACACACAGAGUUUUAAUAAGUAGCAGUGAGGUGCUAAUUCAUGUUCAUUUAAGUCUUGAAGCAAUUCUUCCAAAUCAUUUUCAAAACAUAUAUAGCACUAGUAAUUACAGUAUAGAAGUGUAAUAUUUCAUACAAUGUUCAGAUUAUGAAAGAAAAGGAAGAUCUUUAGCCGACAAUUCCAAGCUCCAAAUUCUUCACAUUUAGAUAGUGACUUCUGAAACAGUAGCUAAAAAUAUUGUCAUAGAAAUCAAGAGCGUUCCCCCAAUUAUGCAAAUUCCAAUUUAGCAUUCUUAUUACCAGCAACUCAACUUCUUUCUCUUAUGGUGCUAACAUUCAUGUACAGGCAGUUAGACAGGUGAUGUUGAAGGACUUAUUAAUAAUAAGAGGAAGAGAAAUCUAAUGUUUCAGCACUGGCUUAAGCGCUCUGAAUCUGUUCUUCUCUGGGAAAGCACUUGCAUAGGAUUAAGUAUGGCAUUUUUAACAUAGGAAUUUACAUUUUUGGAUAUGCAUUUUUGUAGAUAACCAUAUUUUUUGGACUAUAAGAUGCACCUAGAUUUAGAGGAUGAAAACAAGGAAAAAAAUAGUUUUUGGCCUCCACGCAUCAUGUUUUCGCCCUCCCCGGGCCCCCAGAAGCACUUUGAAAGCCAAAAACAGGCCCAUUUUUGGCCUCCCAAACCCUCCUUGCAUCCUGUUUUUGCAGAGUGUUUCUGGGGGCUGGGGAGGGUAAAAACGUGACACACGGAGGGUUUGGAAGCCCAAAAAUGGGCCCAAUUUUGGCAAAAACGGGCUGUGCAGAACACUGCAGUGUGCUUCCGGGGGCCGGGGAGGGCAAAAACGCAAUGCACAGAGGGUUUGGGAGCCCCAAAAUGGGCCCAUAUUUGGUCUAUAAGACGCACCGAAAUUUUCACCCACUUUUAGAGGGGAAAAGGUGCGUCUUAUACUCUGAAAAAUACCGUAGUUUUAAUUAGAACACAAAAAAUUCUUUCUAUUACUACUGUUCAGAAAACAUGUACAGGUAGUCCUCAACCUAUGGCCACAAUUAAGCCCAAAAUUUGUUGCUGAAUGUGACAGUUGUUAAGUGACUUUUGCCCCAUUUUAUAACUUUUGCCAGCUAAGUGAAUCAUUGUUAUUGUUAAUAUAGUAAUGCACUUGUUCACUUGUUAAGUGAAUAUGGCUUCCCCAUUGACUUUGCUUGUCAGAAGGUCACAAAAGGUGAUCACAUAAUCUAGGAUGCUGGGUCAUAAGAGCCAGUUGUCAAGCAUUCAAAUUUUGAUCGCAUGAUCACGGGAGUUGCUGCAAUGGUCAUAAGCUUGAAAAAUGGUGAUAAGUCACUUUUUCAGUGCAAUUAUAACUUCAAAUGGUCGUUAAACAAAUGGUUAUAAGUCAAGAACUAACCUGUAUUGGUUUUAUAAUCUAUACACCCUUAUCAUAAUUGAACUUCAGGUUAUAACAAGUAUUGAUUAAAAGGAGAUUUUGAAUUUUUAAAAAAGUAUUCAUAUGAAAAUAGCAAUACAGGCAGUCCACGACUUACAACCAUUCAUUUAGAAAAGUGAAAAAGUGGCAUAUGUCCAGUCCUCACACUUAAGAACAUUGCAGAGUUCUCAUGAUCAUGAUUGGAUGCUUUGUGACCCUCAUAUAUUUACAUGCCAGGGUAAUGUAGCGUCAUUUGUGACCUGUCCAGCUGGCUUCUGACAAACAAAGUCAGUGGGGGAAGCCAGAUUCACUUAAUGAUCACAGCAAAAAGAUAAUAAAAUUAGGUGGAGUCACAUGAUGACUCACAUAACCACCACAUUGCUUAGUGAUGGAAGUUCUGGUUCCAACUGUGAUUGUGAAUCGAUGUGUCCUUAUAGUGUGAUUAAAAAAAUGGAUAAAACAAAUGUUAAAAUUCUAACCUUAUCACAUAGGAUUUAAAAAUCUUAAAACAAUAGGAAAUGAAAUAAUUUUGAAUCCAAGUAUAUACGGUACAUCACUUACCUAGGCUCUUAGAGUUGAUAUUUUUCUAGUUGGUGGACUAUUAACUUGACUGGUUUUCCAUCAUUUCAUCUUAAGCUUCCUGUAAAUAAUGAAGCAUCUGUCCCCAUUCCUAUCCCCUCGUUAAACCUGAUGAUUAAAGUACUAUGUGCUAAGAGCUAAUGACUUGAGGUUUUAAAAACCUAUUCAGAUUUGAUAUUAUUUGAACAGUGCUACAAACAAUGUAAGAACCAAUUGAGAUAGUGAUUAAGGCAUCAGACUAGAAACCAGGAAAACAUGGAAGCCAGCUGGUGACCUUAGGGGAGUCAUUUUUCUCUAAGCCCUAGGAAACAGACAAUGGCAAACUACUUCUAAAAAUCUUGCUAUGUAUCACUGACUCAAAGUUGUGCAGAUAUACAAGCAGUAUAUGAACUAUAAAGAAUGUCAAUCUUUAGAGCUGGACAUUUAGCAGAAUCAUUUAAUUGCAUUUACACUAAAUCACUGCUUUUGGAAAGUUCUUUGAAUUUUCAGCAUUGAGUGGAAAGUCUUUAAAUUAGGAGUUCGGUAGCACCUUUUCCAACUAAAAAAUGUAAUUAAAAGGCAUAAUCUGUCUGACCAAAUGAGCUACAUCUGACAAAAGCUUAUUCUAUUUAAUACAAUUUGUUAGUUGGUGCUAUCAGACAACUGAUUUUUUUGCCAGCCUAGACUAAUACAGCUCUCCUACAAAUGAAGAAAGGUGAUUUUUACUUAUGUCCUUCUGUCCUGUUACCCCACCCACAGAUAUAUCACAAAAGCUAGAAAAAUCAGAACACAGAAGAUAAGCACAGGCGAGUCAGAAAUAAUUGCCUUCUUCCAGUGGCUGAAAUAAUCUGUCAAUUAAAGGCUUUAAUUCAUAAACAAACAAUAUGUAGCUUAAAUUUUCAGCAUCUUGGAUUAAAUAGAAGAUCUGCUUCACAUUUACCAUGUGCAAUGUGGUAGACUUGAUGUUUUUAAACAUACAAAUGUACUUGAUGUACCUUUAUUUAAAAUUUGUACACAUUUGUAUAAUACAUAUCUUGUCAUAUUUGAUCGUGAAAGGUUUUGAACCUGUGCUUUUGUUUUUUUAUAGUUCCUGCAUUUAACCACCUUGCUAUUGUACAUAAAUGUUUUUAUACCUGGAAAUUUCAUUUUGAUUCAUUUCUAUUUCCUCCUAUUAAUUCAUGUACAGGUUUUUCAAUAUCAGAAAAUUUUCUAUCCCUCUGCCAUCAGUAUGAUACUAUGUAUGAUAAUCACCUAUAUAUAUCCUGUAGGACUCUGUAUUCUAUGCCAUUUUUUAAAUUUUGUCUCAAUGUUAUUACAGUUUGAAAUUCAAUCAGUGUGUCUACCAGGAACAGUUGUUAUAAACUUUUUAGUUGUAAAUGAGUUUGUCAUAAUUUUCAUGUGAGGUUUGUGGGUCACUCUGCUGGCAUUUAUAACAGUUUGGGUCCUGAGGUGGAAAAGCAUAGUACAGGUAAUCCUCAACUUACAACUGUUCAUUUAGUGACUGUUCAGUUACAAAGGCACUGAAAAAAUUACUUAUGACCAUUUUUCACUUACAACCUUUGAAGCAUUCCUGUGAUCAUGUGAACAAAAUUCAGAUGCUUGGCAGCUGGUUCAUACAUAUGACCACUGCUGUGUCCCAAGAUCAUGUGAUCAUCUUUUGCAAUCUUUUGCUAUGCAAAAUCAAUGGGGAAGCCAGAUUCACUUAACAACCAUAUUACUAACUUAACAACUGAAGUGAUUCGCUUAAGUUGGUCUCUUCCGGGUUCCGUCAGCUAAACAAUGCCGGCUGGCGGGCCCACGGGGGAGGGCCUUCUCUGUGGCUGCCCCAGUUCUCUGGAACCGGGGACGGAUGGUCCUGAGAUCUGGACCAUCCCCACUCUAUUGGCCUUCCGAAAAGCGGUGAAGACCUGGCUUUUCCGGCAGGCCUGGGACCGUUGAUCUCGCUGUUGUGAUCUGGCGAGAUCCGGCCAUGAAUGGUAUGAAUGGGUUUUAAUUGUUUUUAAUGUUUUAAUUUUUAAUGUUUUUAUAUAUGGUUUUUAAAUGCAUUGUAAGCUGCCUUGAGUCUUCGGAGAAAGGCAGCAUACAAGUUGAACAAAUAAAUCAAUCAAUUAAUUAACAACUAUGGUCAGAAACAUCACAAAAUGGAGCAAAUCUCACUUAACAAAUUUUUCACUUAACAAAAAUGUUGGGCUCAAUUGUGGUCAUAAAUUGAGGACUACCUGUACUGUAUUUACUUAAAAUAUGAAAACUUGAGCCUGUAACAGAUCAACAUGUAGAUAUAUACUUACAUUGUUUUUGAUACAAGCUUGAUUGUUUUAAAAUUGAGACGUUUGUCCCCAUAUGCAUUAGCAUAUCAAGCAAAUUGUUGCUAUUAAAGUUAUUAGCAAGA